AUGUCCGCAGCUGGCACAUAUCGUGGAACUCCAAAGGACAAGACCAAAGCCCAAAAUCCUUUUCAAGCUCUCGAAAGCCCCUCGGGCAUCCCCAGACCAAAGCUAGAAUCAGUCGCCAGCAACGCGCCCAGCGACAUGUCGACUCUCAGUGCCAGCAGGGCUAAACAGUCCAAGAGGGAUGAGGCCAUCCGUCGCAAGAUCGAGACCGACCUGAGCAAGAAGAGAGCCAACCCUACUCGCGCCCGCCAGACCCGAAAGGCAGCUCCUGGUUCAGUCAUGGCUCUCAGACCCAGCCAGGCUCUUCAGAUCAAGCCGAACACCACCGUUGCAGAAGCUGCCCAGCUCAUGGCCGCUAAGCGUGAAGACUGCGUCCUUGUCACCGAUGAUGAUGAUCGCAUCGCAGGUAUCUUCACCGCAAAGGAUCUUGCAUUCCGCGUGGUCGGACAGGGCAUCAAGGCCAACAGCAUUACCAUCGCCGAAAUCAUGACCAAGAACCCCUUGUGCGCCAAAACCGACACCAGCGCCACCGAUGCUCUCGAUCUUAUGGUCCGCAAAGGCUUCCGCCACUUGCCUGUCAUGGAUGAGAACCACGAUAUCUCUGGUAUCCUCGACAUUACAAAGUGUUUCUACGAUGCCAUGGAGAAGUUGGAACGCGCAUACAGCUCCUCGAGGAAGCUCUACGAUGCCCUCGAGGGCGUUCAAGCCGAGCUGGGUUCCAGCCAGCCCCAGCAGAUCAUCCAGUACGUCGAGGCCAUUCGUCACAAGAUGUCAGGCCCAACUCUCGAGUCUGUUCUGAACGGCAUGCCGCCUGUAACCGUGUCUGUCCGUACCUCCGUCAAGGAGGCGGCUGCAUUGAUGAAGGCUAACCACACAACCGCUGUUCUGGUGACAGAUCAGGGAUCUAUUACCGGAAUCUUCACCAGCAAGGAUGUCGUCCUGCGAGUCAUUGCUGCUGGUCUCGAUCCCAGCACCUGCAGUGUUGUCCGUGUUAUGACCCCUCACCCGGACUUUGCACCCCUCGACAUGAGCAUCCAAUCUGCACUCCGCAAGAUGCAUGAUGGACAUUACUUGAACUUGCCGGUCAUGAGUGCCGAAGGCGAGAUCGUCGGUAUGGUUGAUGUUCUUAAGCUUACCUACGCUACGCUGGACCAGAUCAACAGCAUGUCGACUGGAGACAGCGAAGGACCUGCCUGGAACAAGUUCUGGAUGUCAUUCGACAACGAGACCGAGUCCAUGAUGUCUGGCGAAGGUGGCAGCCGUCACCCACAAACAGAUGAUGGAAGAUCCCUUAUGUCACCUGAGAUGUCGAGGCCAGGAGUUGAUCGGCUUGAUAGUGUCAUGCCCACCGACUCAGCAUCCCACACCGGCGGUCGCGAUUCGCCCGAUCCAUCUGCAUUCACUGGAGCGGCCGCCUCGUACGAAGAUGUUGUUUUCCCCUUCAAGUUCAAGGCACCAAGUGGUCGCGUACACAGACUGCAGAUUGUGCCUUCGGCUGGCAUGAGCGAGCUGGUCAGUGUGGUCGCAGAGAAAUUGGGCGGCGAAGCUGAAGGUAUCGGUGGAGUGCCAACCUUCGAGGAUGGUAAACUCAGCCGCACCGGAUUCGCACUGAGUUAUCUCGAUAACGAAGGUGAUACAGUCUCGAUAACAACAGACCGCGAUCUACUGGACGCUGUCUCACUGGCACAAUUGACUCACCAAGACAAGGUUGAUCUGUUCGUACACGAUCCCGAGAAGGCACCGCUUCCAGCAACGCUGGCACCACAGCCCUCUUUGGUGACGGCAACACCACCCGAGAGUCAGGUCCGCGAAAGAAGGGUGACGCAGAGCGAGUCAGAUGAGGAAGAAAUCGAGACCAAACCUCGUAGAAAGGAGCGUCAAGCAGCACCAGCAGCGGGACAGGAACAACUGAUUGCAGGCGUUCCCAAUGAUCUCCUUCUGCCUGGAGCGAUAGUGACGCUAGCUGUGGCCAUUGUGGGAGUGUUUGCCAUCUCGAGGAUGUCGAGCAAAUAA